UAAGCAAAUGUUGAAGUGGUGUUGUCCUACUUGUAUUUGUAUGGUUAUCAAAAGUUGAAACAAACAACUCAAAUAAUUUCAAAGAAAGAAAAAACCAGAAGAAGAUAAGAAAAACUCUCUGCAAACUUCAAAUCUCCACAGAAUCAAUGUCCAACACCUCCAUCACCAAACCCACUUGGCUUCACAUCUCAGACCCCAUUACUCUUCUCCAACCCAAAUACCUCUCCACACCACCAACAUUCCCUUCUUCUUCUUCCUAUAAAAAUCGAAUCUUUACAGUUAGAAGCAGCAGCAGCAAUGGCAGCCCCAAAAAGAGCUUUAAUUUAAAGGAUGCAUUAGCUGGGGUUGUGGAUGAGCGAGUGGAUGAGCUUAUGAACAGUGAAGAGAACAAGAUUAUGCUUCAAGGGUUGGAGAAGGCUUCUAUGAGAGUUGAGAAGAUUAAGAAUGAGAUUGCUGAGUUAGAAAAGCAAGAACUUGAAGCCCAGAAAAUGAGGGAAUAUAUUAACCAACUAGAAACCAGAGCUUCUGAGAUUGAAGACUGUCAGAAGGAAAUCUCAGAGGCGAAAGCCAUGGUUGAGGAAGCCGAACGCUCUCUCAGUCAAAGCGAGGAUGGAGAGAUUAGUAAGGAUAAAGAGAGAUUGGAGUCUGUGAAAGCAGCUUCCAUAGCUGCCAUUGUUGGCACUCUUGCAAGCUUACCAAUCUCCUUGACUCAAGUUUCCACUACUUCAGAGCUGAUUCUUCCUCUAGCAAUAACCUUUGCUAGUUGUGCACUGUUUGGGGUUACUUUUCGAUACACAAUUCGAAGAGACUUGGAUGAUGUUCAUCUCAAAACAGGAGCUGUUGCAGCCUUUGGUGUUGUCAAAGGUCUUGCUGCUCUAGGUGAAGGACAACCUUUGGAGUUGAAUACAGAAAGUCUCUUGUCUCAUGCUUUUGAUGGUGCAACUUUUGUAUCCCAAAACCUUCUUAUUUUUGCUUUUGCUUCUAUUGGUUUAGACUAUUGCUUUAAAGCAAGGAUUUUGAGUCCUUUCCCUAUGCAAAAAUCAAUUUCAAACACCAAAGAUAGGUGAUGAUAUGUACCACUUUUGUAUGCAUAGUUUUAUAGUGACAUUGUUCAAUAAAAUCAUACAAUUUUUUGCCUUA